AGAGAGAGAGAGAGUUUGUCUAUCUCUGGGAAGAGAGAACAUCUCUGCUUCACAGUGAUUUGACUGAGGGAGAGGCAUCAGUUGGCUUCAGACCCAAGGGAGAGACCAGACCAGGUCACCCUGGUUAAGACUAAGUGAGCGUCACCCCUCCUUCUCCCACCUCUCUCUACCCGGGAAUGUCUAGGCGAAAGCAGCGGAAGCCCCAACAGUUAAUCUCGGACUGCGAAGGUCCCAGCGCGUCUGACAACGGUGAUGCUAGCGAGGAGGACCACCCCCAAGUCUGUGCCAAGUGCUGCGCACAAUUCACUAACCCGACUGAAUUCCUCGCUCACCAGAAUGCAUGUUCUACUGAACCCCCUGUAAUGGUGAUCAUCGGAGGCCAGGAGAACCCCAACAACUCUUCUGAACCCCGGCCUGAGGGCCACAAUAGUCCCCAGGUCAUGGAGGUGGAGCACAGCAACCCCCCGGAUCCUGGGUCCUCUGUGCCCACAGAUCCCACCUGGGGGGCAGAGCGGAGAGGAGAGGAGUCUGCAGGGCAUUUCCUAGUCGCUGGCACAGGUACAGCAGCGGGGGGAGGAGGAGGCCUGAUCCUGGCCAGUCCCAAGCUGGGAGCAACCCCAUUACCUCCAGAGUCCACCCCUGCGCCACCUCCUCCGCCUCCACCGCCCCCACCGCAGCCUCCAGGCGUGGGCAGUGGCCACUUGAACAUCCCUCUGAUCCUGGAGGAGCUGCGAGUGCUGCAGCAGCGCCAGAUCCACCAGAUGCAAAUGACCGAGCAGAUCUGCAGGCAGGUACUCCUGCUCGGCUCCCUGGGCCAGACGGUGGGCGCCCCUGGCAGUCCCUCAGAGUUACCUGGGACAGGGACUGCCACCUCCACCAAGCCCCUGCUUCCACUCUUCAGCCCCAUCAAGCCUGUCCAAACUAGCAAGACGCUGGCAUCUUCCUCCUCCACCUCCUCCUCCUCUGGGGCAGAAACGCCCAAACAGGCUUUCUUCCACCUUUACCAUCCGCUGGGGUCACAGCACCCUUUUUCUGCUGGAGGGGUUGGGCGAAGCCACAAACCCCCACCUGCCCCUUCCCCGGCCCUGCCAGGCAGCACAGAUCAGCUGAUUGCCUCGCCUCAUCUGGCAUUCCCAGGCACCACGGGAUUACUGGCAGCACAGUGUCUUGGGGCAGCCCGAGGCCUGGAGGCCACCGCCUCCCCAGGGCUCCUGAAGCCAAAGAACGGAAGUGGUGAGCUGGGCUAUGGGGAAGUGAUGGGUCCCUUGGAGAAGCCUGGUGGACGGCACAAAUGCCGCUUUUGUGCCAAAGUAUUUGGCAGUGACAGCGCCCUGCAGAUCCACCUGCGCUCACACACAGGUGAGAGGCCCUAUAAGUGUAAUGUCUGUGGCAACCGCUUUACCACCCGGGGCAACCUCAAAGUGCAUUUUCACCGGCAUCGUGAGAAGUACCCGCAUGUGCAGAUGAACCCUCACCCAGUGCCAGAGCACCUAGACUACGUCAUCACCAGCAGCGGCCUGCCCUACGGUAUGUCUGUGCCACCAGAGAAGGCCGAGGAGGAGGCAGCCGUGCCAGGUGGAGGUGUGGAACGCAAGCCUCUGGUGGCCUCUACCACAGCACUCAGUGCCACGGAGAGCCUGACGCUGCUCUCCACCGGAGCGGGCACAGCUGCGGCUCCUGCGCUCCCUGCUUUCAAUAAGUUUGUGCUCAUGAAAGCGGUAGAGCCAAAGAGUAAAGCUGAUGAGAAUACUCCUCCAGGGACUGAGGCCUCCGCCCUUGCAGGGGUGACAGAAAGUGGCACAGCAACUCGCAUGCAGCUAAGUAAGUUGGUGACUUCACUUCCCAGCUGGGCACUGCUUACCAACCACUUUAAGUCCACGGGGAGCUUCCCCUUCCCCUAUGUGCUCGAGCCCUUGGGGGCCUCCCCCUCUGAGACAUCGAAGCUGCAGCAACUGGUAGAAAAGAUUGACCGACAGGGAGCCGUAGCAGUGGCUUCUACCGCCGCAGGAGCCGCCACCACCUCUGCCCCUGCAGCUUCAUCUUCAGCUUCAUCCGGACCGAACCAGUGCGUCAUCUGCCUCCGGGUGCUGAGCUGUCCUCGAGCGCUGCGCCUGCAUUAUGGUCAACAUGGAGGUGAGCGGCCCUUCAAAUGCAAAGUGUGUGGCAGAGCUUUUUCCACCCGGGGCAAUCUGCGUGCACAUUUCGUGGGCCACAAGGCCAGCCCAGCUGCUCGGGCCCAGAAUUCCUGCCCCAUCUGCCAGAAGAAGUUCACCAAUGCAGUUUCUCUGCAGCAGCACGUUCGGAUGCACCUGGGGGGCCAGAUCCCCAAUGGUAGCAACCCGCUCCCUGAAGGUGGGGGAGCUGCCCAAGAGAAUGGCUCUGAGCAAUCUACAGUCUCUGGGGCAGGGAGCUUCCCCCAGCAACCAUCUCAGCAGCCAUCUCCAGAAGAGGAGUUGUCUGAAGAGGAGGAAGAGGACGAGGAAGAAGAGGAAGAUGUGACUGAUGAAGAUUCUCUGGCAGGAAGAGGCUCAGAGAGUGGAGGUGAGAAAGCAAUAUCAGUGCGAGGUGAUUCUGAAGAGGCAUCUGGAGCAGAGGAGGAAGUGGGGAUGGUGGUGGCAGCAGCCGCACCCGGAAAGGAGAUGGACAGCAGUGAGAAAGCAAUUCAACCUCCUUCGCUGCCACCGCCACCACCAUCAGACAGCCUGGAUCAAACACAGCCGAGGGAGCAGGGAGGCAGUGAGGUUGCAGAAGUCACCGAAGAGGGGGGCAAACCAGAGAGGAGCUCAAGCCCCAAGGCAGCACUCGCCCUCGAAGGGGAAGGCGGUAGCACCACCUUGGUGGAGGAGCUGAGCAUGCAGGAAGUGAUGAGAAAGGAGCCAGGAGAGAGCAGUAGCAGAAAGGCCUGUGAGGUGUGUGGCCAGACCUUUCCCACCCAGGCAGCCCUGGAGGAGCAUCAGAAGACCCACCCCAAGGAGGGGCCACUCCUCACUUGUAUUUUCUGCAGGCAGGGCUUUCUCGAGCGGGCUACCCUCAAGAAGCAUAUGCUGCUGGCUCACCACCAGAACAUGGCUUUCCUGUCCAGUGACCUGCCCACCCAAGCCUGGAGUUCCAAAUCCACUUCCACUACCACUUCGGCACCACCAGUGCUAUUUGGUCCAAGAGCUGUGGCUGGGGACAUGCCUCUAGCAACAGGAUUCAGAGAGGCUAAAGAGAAAAGAGUCCCCCUCUUCUUAUUUCAGCCUCCUGCAUCCAAGGCAGUGCCUGAACAGCUUAUCAUAGAAGAGAAGUAGCAAACUGUGCAUUCCUUCCCCCUGCUCCAAAAGGUGCUAGCAAUGAAGGUGCAGCAAUAUCUGUAUCUGUGGCUCAGCCCUAGAGGGUAGGGAGAAAUAAAGGGCAUACUCUUGCCAGUAAGCUCCUUGAUAAUCUCAUUAAGGCAAAGGUCGAUAUGCCAAGACAUCUCCAGCUUCUCGUAUUCCUUCAUCAUUGCCUCUCCAAGUUAGGAAACAAGUGAAUUUCUUGCCAAGAUGUCUCCCCUGGAAUAUUUUAGGAAAUGUGAAGUUAGUUCAUGUCUUUAAUAAGCACUGUUGAUGAGGAUAGUUGAAGAAGUAAUGGGGAGUUGAGGAGUGUUGCUCACUACAGGGCUUUAUAGUGGGAACCUGUGUGAUUAAGAAAGGGACAUGAUAUAAGGGAGUGGACCUCGAAUUCUUGAUUGGAUGGAUCUCAUGAAUGUUCUUUUGGACUAAUAGUGACUUAGUGUGCAGCAGUGCACCACGGAUCAUGGGAGAGUUCCUAGCACUAGUGUGCUUCUAGUUUUAGAUUACUCCCUCCUUUAUUCCUUGGCCCCUUGUAUUUUCAUCACCUUUCUCUCUCAAGGCCCAUUUCCUCCCCAUUUUGCCUGUCCAUGGACUGGGGCUUAUGUCUUUGCUACUAUCUGGUUCUUAGAGUCCCAGACUUUGGGAGAUGAGCUCCAGAUGGUGUCCUCCCUGCCUCUCCGUCUUAUAAUGAGAUGUAGUAUUUACUCUUAACAUAGGAUCAUUUGGAACAGUUCUGAGGAGGAGAAAGUGUUGGUUCUGCUAGUGACUGACUUGAAUGAUGGUUUCUCCUCUGAAGAUGUAGGCUCCAGAGCUUCCUAACAUAGAAAAAUGUGAAGAGCAGACAAGGGAGAUGUUAGUGUCUUUCCCUUUUCAUUAAAGGUGUUUUAACCAAA